AUGAAUAAUCAAUACAAUAGAACACACCCACAGAACCCAAACACCCGUUUCAGACCUCAACCAAAUCCCAACCAAAAUUACAACAGAUUUCCUCAACCUAAUUAUAACACGUUUUCGCCAAAUCCUUAUUACCCAAACAUACCUCUUCAACAACCACAACAAAUGAUGCAACAAACAGUACCAUCACCAUAUUCCACCCCAUUCUCUACUUUGCAACCUCAACCAAUACAGAGACACAAUGUUAAUGAGACAAAAGAAAAAUUCUUCGACAGAGUUCAAGAAAUCAAUGAACAGAUUUUCCCGACAUUGACAAAAAAGAUCCAAGAGACAGACGAGUUUUAUAAAGAUGAAAUAGCAAGAAAGGAGGCUGUGCUCAAGAGUCUUCAACAAGAAGUCGAGAACAGCCGUCGAGAGCUUGCUUUGAAUAACGAAAUUGUCUCCAAUUUACAAAAAGACGCAAUAAAACGACAACACGAGGACACUCAAAAUAUUGAGAUAAGGCAGUUGAGAACCAUCAAUUUGAAAGUUUUACAACUUCAAAAAAAGUUAGACGAAGUUAACGGAAGUAAUGCCAUGGAAAGCAAGAAGGAUAGUGAAAUCAAAGAUAUGUUUUUACAAGCUAAGGAUGACAAAACACAAUUGAAAGAUGCCAUUGACAAACUUAAGCAAGAAAUCGAACACAAAGAAAUAAUUAAAAAGGAGAACAUCAAACGUGCUCGAGAUAUGUCUGAUUGUAAGAUACAAGUCGAGUCGUUGAAAACACAAAUAUUAGAGGUGGAAGACGCAAUCCAAGCAACCGAAAUUCAUAACAAAAAAAUGAUCGACCACGCCUUUGAAUUGUGUUUAUCCAAAUGA